AGUGCGUAGUUCACAGUCGGUCGCGGCGCGCAUCGGCGCACGGUACUGGACUAUUCCAAAUUCAAAUUUUCAAAGUGGCCAGUGACAGUGUGUGGUAUUUUUUAACGGUUGGUGAUAAAAUGGCGGCCCGCAAAGCGUGAUAAAUGGCAUUUAUGAGUGGGCUGUGGAACUCGAUCGUCGGAGGGAACGAUAAAGAGGUGACUUGGGAGGAGAUCUCGCAGUUUUACUUCGAUAAGGGGAAGAAGUAUUUCUCGGUGUCAGAGUGGGACAAGGAGGAGACGCCGGUGGUGUACGGGGAGGCGCAUAAGAUCGCCUUCAAUAAGGAGAGGCUAGGGUUCACGCCUAUGAACUUUGCGUCUAUCUACAAUAUUGAUACUAGGAAAGCGGAAGUAAAGAUGCCGAGCGGCCACGUGGACAAGCCAGCGAUAGAGGACAACCGUGAUGGUACUGUCAGCAUCAAGUAUGAGCCGCGAGAGGAGGGAGUUCAUGAAUUGUUCGUCAAAUACAACGGGGAACAUGUGCAAGGUUCCCCCUACAAAUUCCACGUGGACUCCAUCCCCUCGGGCUACGUCACGGCCUACGGCCCGGGUCUGGUGGGCGGCGUCAGCGGAGAACCAAGCCAGUUUACCAUCAGCACCAAGGGCGCUGGCGCUGGAGGGCUCUCCAUGGCUGUGGAGGGGCCUAGCAAGGCUGAGAUCACAUGCCACGACAACAAAGACGGUACAGUAUCUGUCUCCUUCCUGCCCACCGCUCCAGGCGAAUACAAAGUCUCCGUCAGGUUCGGAGACAAGCACAUCAAGGGAUCCCCCUUCACUGCCAAGGUGACUGGCGAGGGUCGCAAGAGGAACCAGAUCUCCGUGGGCAGCUGCAGCGAGGUCACUCUGCCAGGAAAGAUAACUGACAACGACAUUCGCAGUCUAAAUGCUUCUAUCCAGGCUCCAUCAGGCUUGGAAGAGCCCUGCUUCCUGAAACGCCUGCCAUCGGGCAAUAUCGGCAUCAGCUUCACGCCGCGCGAGUCCGGCAAACACAUCGUCUCCGUCAAGAAGAUGGGCGUCCACAUCCAGAACUCUCCCUUCAACAUCACUGUGCAGGAACAGGAGGUUGGAGACGCUAAGAAAGUUAAGGUUUCUGGCAACGCUCUGAAAGAAGGCAAGACCCACGCUGAGAACACCUUCGCCGUGGACACCAAGAAUGCUGGAUAUGGUGGUCUUUCACUGUCUAUUGAGGGCCCCAGCAAGGCCGAGAUCCAGUGCGCGGACAGCAAAGAUGGCGUCCUCAACAUCAGCUACAAGCCCACCGAGCCCGGAUACUACAUCGUCAAUCUUAAGUUUGCUGACCACCAUGUGGAAGGCUCGCCGUUCACUGUUAAGGUUGCCGGUGAAGGCAGCAACAGACAGCGAGAGAAGAUUCAGAGGCAGCGCGACCAGGCGCCUCUCACCGAAGUUGGUACCAACUGCAAGCUCACCUUCAAGAUGCCUGGCAUCACCUCUUUUGACCUGGCCGCCACCGUCACCAGCCCCGGCGGAGUGUCCGAAGACGCCGAGAUCCAAGAAAUAGAAGAUGGACUUUACUCCGUGCUCUUCGUUCCUAAGGAGCUGGGCGUCCACACCGUGUCUGUCAAGUACAGGGAGAUCCAUAUUCCUGGAUCUCCCUUCCAAUUCACCGUCGGCCCCCUCCGCGACUCCGGCGCCCACUUAGUCAAGGCCGGCGGCACGGGCCUCGAGCGCGGCGAGGCCGGCCGCUUCAACGAGUUCAACGUGUGGACCCGCGAGGCGGGCGCCGGCCAGCUGGCAAUCUCGCUCGAGGGGCCGAGCAAGGCCGAGAUCGACUUUAAGGAUAGGAAGGAUGGAUCGUGUGAUGUGUCUUACAAGGUCGAUGAGCCUGGCGAGUACCGCAUCGGCCUCAAAUUCAACGAGCAGCACAUCCCGGACUCCCCCUUCAAAGUGUACAUCUCCCCCGCCAUCGGCGACGCCCAUCUUCUGGAAGUAGCCCAGUUCCCUGAUUCAGCGCAAGUGGACAAGCCAGCGCAGUUCUACAUCAGGCUCAAUGGGGCUAAAGGAGAUCUGGACGCUAGGGUGAUGGCCCCCUCAGGCAAAACCGACGACUGUUUCAUCCAGAACAUCGACGGGGACCAGUACAGCAUCAGAUUCAUGCCGCGCGAGAACGGCGUGCACAACAUCAACGUCAAGUUCAACGGGGUUCAUAUCCCCGCGUCUCCGCUGAGGAUCAAAGUGGGGAAGGAUGAUGCUGAUCCGGCGGCGGUGCACGCUCAUGGACCUGGCCUGGGGCAGGUGAAAACUGGUGUAAAGACUGACCUCAUCAUCGACACCUGCAACGCCGGCGCGGGCAACCUUGCCGUCAACAUGGACGGGCCUUCCCGGGUCGCCAUGGACUGCACGGAGGUGGAGGAGGGCUACAAGGUACGCUACACUCCUCUGGCUCCUGGUUUCUACUACAUGAGCAUCAAGUACAACGGCCACCACAUCGUUGGCUCUCCCUUCAAGAUUCAAGCUACUGGUGGAAACUUGGCUGAAGUCGGUGCUCAAGAAACCUCCUCCGUCUCCGUGGAAACUGUCCAGAAGGUGGCCAAGGCUGGCCAGAAGCAGGGCCCCGUGCUACCCCACUUCAAGUCCGACGCCUCCAAGGUCACCAGCAAGGGCAUGGGCCUGAAGAAGGCAUAUCUGAACAAACAUAACCAGUUCACUGUCACAUGUACCGAUGCUGGGAAUAACAUCCUCUACGUCGGCAUCUACGGCCCCAAGGGCCCGUCCGACGAGGUCCAGCUAAAGCACAAGGGCCGCCACAACUACGAGUGCUCGUACGUGGUACGUGACCGUGGGGAGUACAUCGUCAUCGUCAAGUGGGGGGAUGAUCACAUCCCUGGCUCUCCGUAUAAGGUUGAUGUUUAGGUUGUGAAGCAGUUGUGAAUUAGUGGGGAAUUUAUAGAUGUUUUCAAAGGGCAAAAUUAAGGACCUUAUAUUAUUGGCCAAACCGUCUAGACCAUUUAUACUAGUACGAGGCGCGAGACUUUGAAUUUCAUCAAGUUGGUAUUUAACAUUUUUUUCUGCAGCGUGAUUUUCUUGAAACUGAAACCUGUAAAUAUGUCUCUUUGAAAGCAGCCGUUUAGAUACUUCCAAGUGAAAUAUAUGCAGAAAGAGAUGAGAGGUUAGUGUAUUUCAAAGUCCUGUCGUUUCUUGAGUAUAAUAGUAGGGUUAAUUGCUGGCCAAGUUCUGAAGAUGAAAAUAUUAAAAUUUAAGGGAGAAGAGUUCUUGAAUUGGAAUUAAUUUAAACGUUUUUUACUAUUCUUUAAAUAAUGUCUUGAAUAUUAGAAAAUUGUUUUGUUCAAUCAUGAUGUAAAUGAUGUUUAUACAUUUAUGAAUCCCCCACAUCCCUGAUUUUAAUUAUGAUAAUGAAAGUAUUAUAUAAAGGACGUUAGAUUUUGCUCAUGUUUUGGAUUUCUUCGCUCGGUUUUAAAUAUCGAUAUCGAAAAGGUUUGAAAAAAAUAGGAAAAACGAUCUCUUAAGUGUAUCACAAAAAAAAUAGCAAACCUUUCCGCUAUCUAGUUUUUGUACUUAUUUAUAUUUAAUAUCAAGUUUUCUUGUUCCUUCUUUGUUACCUUAUUUUAUAUCAUUUCCUAUAUUUAUAGCAUUGUGAAGUUCUAAUUUAACAUGUUCAAGCUUUGAACACAUUAUUUUGUAAGUUAUUGUCAACCAGUGCUUUUGAGAAAUUUUAUAUGUUUCUCGUUUAGUAUAUAGGGCGACUAAAUGACAAUACAUAUAAAGUAUUACUUAAAGUAUUCCCUACAUAUUUUAAGUCCUUUGAGGGUUAUUUCUGGAAAUCAUACGCAAAAUCGUUUUGUCUAGUCUUAAAUGUUUCGUAAGCUUUUUUGUUAAAAAAAGCUUUCUGAAUGUUAAUCUUCAUUACUUUUAUCAACAUAAAGGUGAAAAAUAAUUAUUUUCUUCAUCAGACGCCAAAAUUUGUAAUCAUUGUCGUCAUUAUUAUUAUAUCUAAAUAUUUGGGAUAUUUCGUCUAGAAAUAGUGUAAAAAGUAAACUUAUAUUGCUUUAUGUUGACUGAAGUAUUUUAGAAUUUGCCUAUGUAUUUCACAACGGACUAGAAACAGACGACAGAUUUUUUCGAUCUCAAUUCUCAAGUCAUUAACAACAUUCUGAGAAAUCUGUCCUUUGCUUUUCAGCCUAGAUCUUCUUUUGACCUUUUUUUAUUCUAUAAGUAAGUGAUCAUGUACUCUAAACGCACCCAACUAUGGGUCAAUACUACAACUAUGGUCCAAAGUACGGUAUGUCUGAGUUAUUUCUUCCAUUUAUGAAAAUAUAUUGCUUAGAACUUAGAACGCGUCUUUCUUAUACAUAGUUACACCCAAAUGAAAAUAUUCGAGUUAGUAUCGGGACCAUAAUUGUUACAUUUUGCACUACAGUUGGGUGAUUUUUCAGUACUGCUUUAUACCGUAUGAUUUGUGCUGAAUGAACUGUUUUACCUACGUAGGUAGAAGUACACUGUACGAUGUAAAUACCUAUUUUAAGUAUUUUAAUAUUUGCGACUGUUAACUAAAUAAACGGAAAAUCU